AUGAGCCGGGCAGUGCUGCAAGUCUUUGAGGAGUACCAGAAGGCGCGUGUGACCUUCGUCCAGACGGUGGCAGACCUGGCGACGCGGCCGCAAAAUAUCGAUGCCCUGCAGAAUGCAGGCGUGAUGGCGCUGCUUCGGCCCUUGCUGCUGGACAACGUGGCGUCCAUCCAGCAGAGCGCGGCCUUGGCGCUCGGGAGGCUGGCGAACUACAGUGACGAGCUCGCAGAGUCCGUGGUGACCCAUGAGAUCCUCCCUCAGCUUGUGUACUCCUUGGCACAGCAGAACCGCUUCUACAAGAAGGCCGCCGCCUUCGUGCUGCGCGCGGUGUCGAAGCACUCGCCGCAACUGGCGCAGGCGGUGGUGGACAGUGGCGCCCUGGAGGCCCUGGUGAACUGCCUGGAAGAGUUUGAUCCUUCAGUCAAGGAAGCAGCCGCCUGGGCUCUCGGGUACAUCGCCCGGCACACCAAGGAGUUGGCCCAGACCGUGGUGGAUGCAGGCGGCCCCCCCGCGCAGAGAGACAUCUUGCUGGGGUUGCUUUCGGCCUUCGAACGAAGUUCGUACUUCGUUCGCAACAUGGAGUUUGACCUGACCGAAGCGGAGCUGCAGGGCCUGCUGGGGCGUCAGAUUGCCAACCGCCCAUGGCCUGCACCCGGCACGGUGGUGACCAUGGCCUCUGACUGGGACGGGCCCUCCACCCACCACUCCAAGGAGUUCCUGAGCCUCAAGGCGGGCGACCAGGUCAAGAUCACAGAGGUGUCUCCGGGCGGGGCCUUCCUGCGCGGCACAGUGGUGCGGGGUGGCGGCAGUGGGGGGCGCUCCGGCUGGCUGGGCGGAGCCGGCUGCGAGGCCAAGAUGGCGCUGACCAUCGCGGUGCCCUUGGGGAACGAGAGCUACGAGGAGCUGCCCACAGGAGGAGGUGGGGACGAUGUGAACGGUGAGCCGGAAGAUGUGGAGGCCUACCUGUCGCGGCAUGGCGUGGAUGGCCCGGCGGCGGAUGCGCUCCGGAAGUUGCCCCCCAAGCAGCAGGCAGAGAUCAUUGCGUCCGACAUGACGAAUUGCCGAAACCCUGCUGCCGUGCUGCUGAGCCGCAUCGAGCGCCUGCGCGGGGGGGGCCCCCCCGCCGCCCACGGAGGCGGCGGCGGCGGAGGCGGCGGAGGCUACGGGCACAUCACGCCCUCCACGGCGCCGCCGAAGGUGAUCUUGGCCCGGGGCUCUCUGGGCCGCAGCCGCAGCCCCGUGCCGCACCCGGCGAGGGCAGAGCCGAUGAAUCCGCAGGCCAGGAAGAAUUGGUCCAGAGGCGGGAACGAGGUGGAGGACUUCAUCGCGCGGCACUCCCUGGACGCGCAGGUGGCGGCACAGCUCCAGGCACUUCCUCCGGACGAGCAGCACCUGAUCGUUCAGUCGGACUUGACCAACGCGCGGAACCCCUCAGCUGUGGUCCUGUCAAGAAUACAGCGGGCGGAGGUGCACUUGCAGGCCGUGGAGGAGUACUUGUCACGCAAUACCAUCGACGAGGUGGGCGCCCAGGCCUUGAGGGCCCUGCCAGUGGAUGCGGCGCAGGUCAUCAUCUCCAAGGACAUCAGCAACUCUCGGAACCCCUCGGCGGUGCUUCUGUCUCGCAUCCGCCAGAUCGAGGCCGGCGGCGCUCCGAACUUUUUGGCGGGGCCGGGGGGCAUGGCGCCCAUGGCGCCCAUGGCGCCCAUGGCGCCCAUGGCCAUGGUGGCGCCCUCGCGGGGCCCGCGGCCGGGGCGCGGGUCGGGCGGGUCCUCAUUGGAGGAUGACUUUGUGCGGGAGUACGGGAUCAGCGAGACCGUGGCCAGCGAGCUCCGGACUUUGUCCCCGGAGGAGCAGGCCCAGGUGAUGUCCUGCAACAUCACCAAUGCUCGCAACCCCUCGGCCAUGGUGAAAUCCAGGAUCCAUGCAGUCCGGGACGAGUUCCAGCGCCAUCAGAUGGGAAGGCAGGUGGAGGAGUACCUGGCUCGGCACGGGGUGGAUGAAGUGGCUUCGGCCACUCUGCGUGGCGCCCCGCCGGAAGUACAAGCGCGCAUCAUUGAGCAGGACAUGAGCAAUUGCCGCAAUCCUUCCGCGGUGCUCAUCGCACGAAUGCGGGAGGCGUGGUGGGGCAGGGAUUUGGAUUUUGCAGCUCCGGCUUGGCGCAUGAUAGAGGCUCCAGGCAUGUGCCCAGGCUCCAAGGAGCUGAGCGCUUGGGGCUUGGAGAAGCCCUUAUGCGAAUGCCCAGUGAAUGCGCACGAGUGGCCAGAGCGUCCCAGGUUUUCCGUGAGAAAUUCGCACACAAAGUUUGAGGAUCUCAGCUUCAACUUCUUCACAAGUUCGGAGAUCCGCUGUGCGGUGCCGCUGCUGGUUCUGUGCUUCCAAGAGCCCGAGCUGACGCUGAAGCGGAUCUCGGCGUCGGCGCUCAGCGACAUCUGCAAGCACUCCCCGGAGCUCGCGCAGACCGUGGUGGAUGCAGGAGCUGUGUCGCUGUUGGCCAAGGACAUCUCCCACAACGAUGCGCCGCUCAAGCGCCAGGUCUGCUCGUGCCUGGCGCAGAUCGCGAAGCACUCCGUGGACUUGGCGGAGGUGGUGGUGGAAGCCGAGAUCUUCCCGCGCAUCUUGCAUUGCCUGAAGGACAUCGACGAGUUCGUGCGCAAGAACGCGGCCACGUGCAUCCGCGAGAUCGCACGCCACACGCCGGACCUGGCGAAGCUGAUCGUGAACGCGGGCGGUGUGGCGGCCAUGGUGGACUACAUCACGGAGGCUCGCGGAAACAAUCGCCUGCCGGGCAUCAUGACGCUGGGCUACAUCGCUGCGUUCUCAGAGACUCUGGCGCUGGCGGUGGUGGUGUCGAAGGGCAUCCCGCCACUGAAGGAUGCGCUCAUCAACGAGCCGGAGGACCAUCUCAAGGCUGCGUCCGCCUGGUCUCUUGGCCAGAUCGGGCGUCACUCCCCCGACCACGCGCGGGCGCUGGCAGAGGCGGAUGUGCUGCGCCGGCUCCUGGCAGUCUACUUGCACCAGGACUCUUCCGAGGACCUGCGGACCAAGGCGAAGCGCGCUCUGAAGAGCGUCAUCCAGAAGUGCACUCACCUCCCAGCCCUGGAGCCAUUGCUGGAGGCGCCGCCCAACAUCCUGAAGUACGUGGUGCAGCAGUUCGCGAAGGUGCUGCCCAGCGACCUCAACGCCAGGAAGUCCUUUGUGCAGUCAGGCGGUCUGCAGAAGAUUCAGGAGGUCAAAGCGGAGGUGGGCUCCAAGUUGCACGACUACAUCGAGGAGAUCAACAUGCUCUACCCACCGGAGAUUGUGCAGCGCUGA